AUGGAAUUCGGUGGAUAUCAUUUUGAACACUUCUUGCAUGGUCAUAAGCCCCAAUUAGAAGCUGGUGGAAUACCGCCAGAAUUAUGGGGCAGUCUUUAUUCGAAGCUUAUGCAACAGACAUUCGACGCCGGUAAUUACUUCCGCAUAUUGUGUGAAGAAACUGACGUUGGUCGGAACUGGAGCGUAUAUGCUACAAAAGAUCUUCAUCCCAUAGAUGAGUACAAUGUCUUUCUCAUCGAUCAUGCUUGGACAUUCCGUCCGCAUCAAGCUCGCGCUCAGUUAGAAGAACUACCACAGUUAGUCGAACGAAUGACUCACCUACUUGAUAUUGAUACUUCGGAAGAGAAUGUCUCGGUGUCCGAGAGUGAUAACGAAGUAACUACAGAUGAGUGUGAACGUGUGAUAAUGGAGCAAAAACUUGAGGCUUCUGCUCAAGGGAAAACACUUCCACGACUUGAGUCAGUCGAUGCGCGCCUCUGCAGUGCUGUUAAAGAAGAACCGUCCGCUAUUGACAAAAUCCUUAGUAACAUGUGGAAACAUAUACAAACAUAUACAGUGAUGCUCAAACAGACUCUUUGGCUCUUUCCGGAAAUGGAUGAAGAAAGUAUGCCGCUCUGGUACAUAAUGGAUGAGUUUGGUGUGCGAAUUUCCCAUUCCGAAACACCUAACGUGAAAGUAGUUCCCUUGUAUUUCAUCCCCCAGAAAGCUGCGUACAGUGUGGUUUUUCUUACAAAAGAAGUACGUGAUGGAGAAGAAAUAUGUCGGGACUUUGCUGACAACGCGUUAAGCAGACUUCAUCCAGAAUGGCGACCUUUUCUCUUGAUUCCAUGGUUGGAGCAUGAAUUCGAGCUCAAGGAAGAAUUAAAUCGAGAACCUGCUGAUGAGAUUUUCUUCAUGUCCGGCCGAUCACUAGACGUUCUACCAAAAGAGGAUGCUCAACAGGAAUCGUUAGAAGCCAUCAAGAAACGUGACUUGUCCCUCCCUCUCCGCGUGUAUGCUGACGAUCUACAGUUAAUUGAGAAACUAUCGGCUGUCAAAUGCGAAGAAACAGCUAACUGGCGCGCUGCCGAUGUGAUCUGGCUGAGGAGACAUUUCCGCGAUUUUGAACAGCUUUGCAAGGAGAACCCACGCGCUCUCGUCAAUCAAUUUCCACAUGAAAGUUGCAUCACUGUGAAAGAUCUGCUGUCAGCAAUUGUUAUGGAUCAGAAUGCCGGAAAGAGUCCGGCUUGGUUCCAGAUUUGCUUCAACCUAAACACUGAGCUUCCGCAGUUUGUGUCCUAUUACCUGCGAAGAAAAGCGAGCAUAUUCACUGCCUCAGUACCCUGCACACUGGGCCCUGCCGUUCAGACGUCGGACGGUAUGGCGACCGCAGCUGAUGAUUCCGAAUUGGACGCGUUUUACGAGGAGCUGGAAGAAGUAGUCCGCAACGAGAAGUCCUUUUACAAAUUUGUUGUCGGAGACUUCAACGCAAAACUAGGAAAGGCCACAGAGGAGGAAUACGGAAUAGGAAGAUUUGGACUAGGGGACCGGAAUGAAAAUGGCAAUCAUCUCGCUGGGCUGUUGUCUGCCGCUCGCCUCUUUCAUGGGAACUCUCUUUUCAUGAAAAAAGAUCAUCGUCGGUGGACAUGGGAAUCGCCCAAUGGCGCGACUCGUGCGGAGAUCGACCACAUACUCACCAACCGGAGGUGGUGUCUACUUGACAUCUCAGUAGUACCAUCCUUUUGUAGUGGUUCUGAUCACCGUCUCCUUCGUGCGAAAAUACGACUUAGCCACACGAUGGAAAAGAACAUCUGCUAUCGGCAACGAAGGAGAAAAGAAGUCGUCUACGACGAUUGCGUACUCGAGGACUCCCUGUCCCAGGUGACUGGCACAUCGAGGAGGACCCAAACGUGGACUCGGAUGCUGCUCAGAGGAUUACGAGCUUGUGCUGAACGAAGAAGAAGGGCUUUGAGGCUUGAUCCGAAUGCAUCGCACAUUGAGCGGCAGAAGAAGAUUCUAGAAGCAGCACAAAGAAGAACGAAUCUAAAGAAGUGCCGCAGGGAUCUCCGCGAAUAUAAUAUUCCGCUAGCAACCUUGCUGAGCGAAGACGGGACUCGCACGUCUUCUCGUCGUGAGAUGGAAAUCAUUACGCAGAGGUUCUACUCGAACCUUUUCCGUUCAUCAACUCCUGUGUCAAGCCCAAUCAUCCCCACUGGCGAAGCUCCACCACGGAUUCUCCCUUCGGAAGUACGAGUCGCUAUCAAGAGCAUGAAACCUGGCCUAGCCCCCGGACCUGAUUUUAUAUCAGCAGACUUUCUUCGGGCUGGUGGCCAUCCGCUUCAUGUAAUCUUAGCAGCGCACAUGACAUCCUAUCCUCAGAAAGAAAGGAUCCCAGACCAGUGGAAGACCUCGCGAACCGUUCUUAUCCAUAAGAAAGAACAAGCUGGAUUCCGCCAAGUGUUCAGCUGCUUGGACCACAUCCAGACCGUGUCGAGGGUCAUAGAGGUUUGCCGGGAAUACCGCCUGCCCCUUGUUCUAACCCUCGUCGACUAUGAGAAAGCCUUUGACAGCGUAGAAACGAAUGCAAUACUGUCAGUACUGGUCGAUCAAGGUGUGGACGUGUCGUAUGUGAGGACAUUAGCCAAUUGCUACGAACGAUGCACGACUAGGAUACAGCUUUUCCACCGCCCUCUCACCACACCCAUUGGAAAGGGGGUACGACAAGGCGAUACUAUAUCGCCGAAGCUGUUCACGGCUGCACUGCAAUGGAUAAUGAAAUCACUAUUCUGGGAAGAAAGAAGCAUACGUGUUGAUGGAAGAUUUCUUUCGAACCUUCGUUUCGCGGACGACAUCGUUCUCUUUUUGAGCAGUACCAAUGAAGCAGAAACGAUGCUCAACGAAUUGAACGAAGCAGGGAAGAGAAUAGGACUACGAAUAAACAGAAAGAAGACACAGUUCAUGAAGAACGCGCACUGCGAGGACGGAGGAAUACAACUUGAAGGCUCCCAAAUCGUGGAAACUCCGUCAUACGUAUACCUCGGACGUUCUAUGAACAUGGAAAACGACUUGAAGGAAGAACUGAAUAGAAGAAUGAGAGCAGCAUGGGCAGCAUUCGCAGCCGUCAGGGAAGCUACGGACCAACUGACGGACCAUGAUCUUCGUGCCCAUCUGUUCGACUCGACAGUCCUUCCAUCGCUCUGUUACGCAGCGGAGACGAGACCGCCAACGAGAUGGGGUGACGUGUUCGCUGCCGGAUGGACCAGCUGGAGCUCAGCUGGAUACGGCUCAGGCCUCGUCACGUCUCCGAAGCUUGAGAACAUCUUGGAUGACAAUGGCGAGGGAACCAAACGAGUGGAAGAGAUGCUGGGGCCCGCACGUCGAGUGAAGACGGGCCAUCUAAGUAACGGCCUUGACAAUACAUGGAUCAUUAAACCAUGGAAUCUCGCUCGUGGACUUGACAUGCACGUCUCGAACGAUCUUCGACAAAUUAUUCGCCUGACUGAAAGUGGUCCUAAGAUUGCCUGCAAGUACAUUGAACGACCGGUACUAUUUCAUCGCUCCGACAGUGGCUGUAUGGUGAAAUUCGACCUUCGCUACAUUGUUUUCCUGAAUCAAGUGCGUCCUGUACGAGCGUUUCUUUAUAAGAACUUCUGGAUACGCUUCGCCAUCAAUCAGUUUUCUCUCGACAACUUCGAUGACAUUGACACGCACUUCACGGUGUUCAACUAUGGCAAUGAAGAUAAAAUCCUUCAGAUGGAAUGUGCGGACUUUAUAAAACGGCUGCAGGAAACAUAUCCUUCCAUAAAGUGGUGUGAUGUUCAAAGCAAAAUCAAUAAUGUCCUCAAAAGUGCUUUGGAAGCUGCGUGCAGCUAUGAUCCGCCUCGUGGAGUUGCGAAGAACGUACAGUCGAGGGCGAUGUAUGGCGCAGACGUCAUGCUUCAGUGGAGCGACUCAGAAGAGAAAGAAGUGCAACCCACGUUGCUGGAGUUCAACUUCAUGCCGGACUGUAAUCGUGCGUGUCAGUACUAUCCAGAUUUUGCUGACACCGUUUUCCAGACGAUGUUCAUGGACCAAAUUGAUGCAAGUAAAGUUUGUGAGAUAUAA